AUGACCCCCAAUACUGCUACCGUCGAGGUGCGCGACAACAAUCGCACUAGUCACGAAGAGGAACGUCCUGAGGAUGUCGGGCAGGACAGGCUCCGUCGCAUACCUGACAAGAUACCCUGGGUAGUGCUUCUCAUCCUGAUUGUAGAGUUGGGCGAGAGAUUCACAUACUUCGGCUUGAGCGCUCCGAUACAAAAUUACAUUAAGAACCCACACAACCCUGGAUCCAAUCUUCCGGGAGCACUGGGCAGAGGUCAGGCAGUGGCAACAGCAUUGGGCAACUUUUUCAGAUUUUGGGCGUAUGCUUCGACUGUCGUUGGCGCUACCAUUGCAGACCAAUGUCUUGGUAGGUUCAUGACCAUUGCUGCAGCAUGCGGCGUGUACAUCAUCGGUCUGGUCAUCUUGGUCGCAACCUCGACUCCAGCGGGCAUUGAAUCGGGCGCAGGAUUCGGUGGUCUCAUCGCCGCAAUGGUUGUCAUCGGUCUCGGCACUGGCAGCAUCAAGGCCAAUGUUACGCCGAUGUGCGCUGAGCAAUACUGGCCAGACACGGCGUACACCGAGCAGCUUAAGUCUGGUGAAUGGGUUAUCGUAGACCCUGAGCUGACGGUCGAGCGCAUGUUUAACUGGUUCUACUGGGCUGUGAAUGUUGGAGCCCUCUCCCCACUGAUCACGGUCAAUGUCGAGGCAAAUGUGUCUUUUUGGAUUGCGUACCUGAUUCCUCUUGUGGUAAUCGUUAUUGCUACAGCUGUGUUCAUCCUGAGCAGCCGACUCUUUGUACAAACUCCUCCGCACGGCUCAGCCGUUGUCGACGCAGUCCGUAUCGUGACUAUUGCAGUCAAGGAAGGAGGAUUCGACAAGGCCAAGCCGAGCGCUCUGGAGGCUCAAGGAGCAUGA